AAGUCAUGACAUAGACCUGGAGAUGUGACAGCUAAAGGAUAGAUCUUUAGCAGAGAAAGCUGGACACCCACUCGCAAGGAGGGAGGAAUGUGGGGCAGUACCAGGGAGCAACAGUGUAGAGGGGAGAUCAGGCAUGUGGUUUAUAUCUAAAGAAGGCAAUGGAGGGUUUUGGGUUGAAGAACAUUCACUCUGGAAGAUGAGAGUAGAACUGCAGACUAUAAACAACGCACAGGGCACAGAGGGUUACCUUUUAUGAGGGUUUUGUAGCAAGGGUCAAACUGUAGCUGGGUAUUGUGGGACUUACAGAGAUGCAGUUGGCUGGUCAGCCAUCCACAUGAAGCAAGGAUGGGGAUAGUUAUGCUGGAUGCAGUGGCAAUAGUGAUGAGGAGAGAAAAAACAGAAGGGGAACUUCGGAAUGCACGAAGAGUUGGGUAACUCUAGAAAGGAGACAUUCUGUAGCCGUUCCCAGUAGUCCUUUGGCUGCCCUCCAGGUUUGGGUCAGUAAUGUCUGAAUGCCCUUCUCUCUGGGCAAGCAACAGUAAUCAGUUCUCUCUGUAGCACAGACUCACAUCCUGCUAUGUAGGAUGUUUUAGCAGCAGGAUCAGGGUAGCUGUGAGGACAGGUACCGAUCUCUUCUUCACUCCUUGCAGAGUGUUCUAAAAAGCUGAGCUCAGAACCUGAAGUAGACCAUGCGUAUCAGAAGCUUUUCAGGUAGUGAUCUGUUUUGUGGAUAUACACAAUUUAAAGGUGUGCCAUGGAAUUUUUGAAGUGUUCAACUGCCCUCCCCACAUUUCAUCAGAUCCGUGGGCGGCUGCUUCACUUCCCUGACUUUUGUUCCCUCCAGCAUGACUCAGGGAGCAGCAAGAGCAGGGCUGACCUCCAGGCAGGACCAUCAAGUAGCUGAAGGUGAUGGCAGUCACCAGCAAUGCCCUCACUCAUAGGGUUCAAUCCCACCACACCCGAACAGUGUAGGCAGGACUAGAUGCCAAUAGCAGUGGUCCAUCAACAGUCACAAAGAAGAUGAGGUGUUGAAUCUGGUCCAGGUCCACCCAGCAAGUCCGGGGUUAAGAGAUUGUUCCAGAGACAGGACUGGAGACAAGCUGCCUGCAGUGGAGGUCUGUGGUUUGUCCCAGAGAUAGAACUGAGGACAAGUUCACCUGCAUCAUAGCUCAGACAAAGCAGGACCUGGACCUCAGCUGAAAUGGACCUCCUAGACCAUAGACAGAAGGGCAUAGUUUGGGACCCAAGCAACUAUAAUGGAGAGGCAGAAGAGAAAACAAGAAAUAGAGAAAGGACUGCAGUUCAUUCAGUCCACAUUACCCCUAAGUCAAGAAGAUUAUGAGGCCUUUUUGCAGAAGCUGGUGAGAAACUUGUUUGCAGAGGGCAAUGAUUUGUUCCGAGAGAAGGAUUUCAAGCUUUCCUUGGUGCAGUACGUAGAGGGGCUGAACGUGGCGGAUUAUGCAGCCUCCGACGAGGUGACCAUCCCAAAGGAUCUCCUCUGCAAGCUCCAUGUCAACCGAGCUGCCUGCUACUUUGCCAUGGGGUUGUAUGAGAAAGCACUGGAAGACUGCGAGAAGGCUUUAAGUCUGGACAAGGAGAACAUCCGAGCGCUAUUCCGGAAAGCCCGUUCCUUAAAUGAACUUGGGAGACACAAAGAAGCCUAUGAGUGCAACAGCCGAUGCUUGCUGUCCCUCUCACAUGAUGAAAGCGUCACACAGCUGGGACAGGAGCUUGCCCAGAAGCUGGGACUGAGGGUUCGAAAAGCAUACAAAAGACCUCAGCAGGAAUUGGAAACAUUCUCACUACUCAGUAAUGGCACGUCAAUCAACUCAUCAAACCAGACUACUUCCAAUGGAUUGGGCUCAAUAGAUGACAUUGAAACAGACUGCUCUAUGGACCUGCAGUGCCUCCCAGCUCCUGUGGCCACCUCCAUCCCUGUGAGCGAGGGGCUGGACCCUUUGCCCUCUGACUCAGAUGCAAAGGGUUUGCCCACCUCGCUUCCUGCUGCCAGCUUGCUCCCAUCUCCAGACUGUGUACCCUUGCCAGGGCCUGAGAACACGGAGGACUUCACGGAUGGGGACAUCAUUGGGGAAGAACUAGACUCCCUCCUGGAUUCCCUUGCUGAAGGGUCACCAUACCCUCUAUCUCUGGUCCAGGGCACCAUUCCUACCAACCUGCCAACAGAGAUGCCCCAGCUGAUUCCUGUGUUCCCGGGGGGAACUCCGCUGCUGCCUCCAGUCGUGACAGCCAGCAUCCCUGUCUCCACCCCUCUGCCACCUGCCUCCUUUGGCCUGGUGAUGGAUCCCACCAAGCAGCUCUCCUCCUCCUCUGUCCUGGAUGCCUUCGAGGCCCCACCAGGAGGAAGUGGCAGCUCCACUUUAGAUUCGCUGGACUCCCUGGAUCUGCUUCCGUACACAGAUACACGGCUUGAUGCCCUGGACUCCUUUGGGACAAGCAGAGGGUCGCUGGAUACCUUGGAUUCCUUUCCCAUUGAAGAAACUAGCUCUCAGGAACUGCGACACCCACCUGGCAGCCAAAAACCAGCCCCAGUGGUGAGUGAGCUACUGCCCCGUGCUGAGGUCCCAGGGUGCUCUGGAGCCAAGGUCAACCUUGGUGGAGUGAGUCACCCAGCUGUGCCCAAGGCCACCGAGCACCUGCUGUCUCAGCCAGAACCAGUAAUGCCCAACACGGCUCUGCUGGUGAAGAACCCUCUGGCAUCUACUCAUGUUUUCAAACAAGCCUGUCAUAUCUGCUACCCCAAAACAGGCCCCAAGGCUGGCGAUUACACCUAUCGGGAAGGCUUGGAGCACAAGUGCAAGCGGGACAUCCUGCUGGGCAGGCUGAAAAACUCAGAAGACAAGACCUGGAAGAGGAUUCGCCCUCGCCCAACCAAAACCAACUUUGUAGGAUCCUAUUAUCUGUGCAAAGAUAUGCUUAACAAGCAGGACUGUAAGUACGGGGAUAACUGCACCUUCGCGUACCACCAGGAAGAAAUCGACGUGUGGACAGAGGAGAGGAAGGGGACCCUCAACCGUGACCUCCUCUUUGACCCGCUAGGUGGGAUCAAGCAGAGCAGCCUCACAAUUGCCAAGCUCCUCAAGGAACAUCAGGGCAUCUUCACCUUCCUCUGUGAGAUUUGCUUUGACAGCAAACCCCGGAUUAUCAGCAAAGGGACCAAGGACACACCAUCUGUCUGCUCCAACCUUUCUGCAAAACACAUUUUCCAUGACAACAAGUGUCUGGUCCACAUUGUGCGUUCCACCUCCCUGAAAUAUUCCAAGAUCCGUCAGUUCCAGGAGCACUUCCAGUUUGACGUGUGCCGACAUGAGGUGCGCUACGGCUGCCUGCGUGAGGACAGCUGCCACUUUGCUCACAGUUUCAUUGAGCUCAAGGUCUGGCUGCUGCAGCAGUAUUCUGGAAUGACCCACGAAGAUAUUGUUCAGGAGUCUAAGAAAUACUGGCAGCAGAUGGAAGCGCAUGCCAGCAAACCAGCCAAUAACGUGGCUUCUCCCCGGACUCCCACAUCAAGCACCUUUGACCUCCAGAUGAAAUUUGUGUGUGGCCAGUGCUGGAGGAACGGGCAGCUGGUGGAGCCAGAUAAAGACCUCAAGUACUGUAGUGCCAAAGCCCCCCACUGCUGGACGAAGGAGCGCCGUGUCCUGCUGGUGAUGUCCAAAGCUAAGAAGAAGUGGGUGUCAGUCCGACCGCUGCCUUCCAUCCGUAACUUCCCACAGCAAUAUGAUUUAUGUAUCCAUGCACAGAAUGGCAGGAAAUGCCAAUAUGUGGGCAACUGCUCCUUUGCCCACAGCCCUGAGGAGAGAGACAUGUGGACCUUCAUGAAGGAAAAUAAAAUACUAGAUAUGCAGCAGACCUAUGACAUGUGGCUAAAGAAGCACAAUCCUGGGAAGCCUGGAGAGGGAACACCACUCACCUCGCGAGAAGGGGAGAAACAGAUCCAGAUGCCCACUGACUAUGCAGACAUCAUGAUGGGCUACCACUGCUGGCUCUGUGGGAAAAACAGCAACAGCAAGAAGCAAUGGCAGCAGCACAUCCAGUCGGAGAAGCACAAGGAGAAGGUCUUCACCUCAGACAGUGACUCCAGCUGCUGGAGCUACCGCUUCCCCAUGGGCGAAUUCCGGCUCUGUGAGAGGUUCCAGAAGAACAAGGCCUGUCCCGAGGGAGAGGAGUGUCGCUAUGCCCAUGGGCAGGACGAGCUGACGGAGUGGCUGGACCGGAGGGAGGUGCUGAAACAGAAACUGGCCAAAGCUCGCAAGGACAUGCUGCUCUGCCCCAGGGAUGACGACUUCGGGAAAUACAACUUCCUAUUGCGGGAUGACGUAUAGUGAGCUGGGGGGAGUCUGUUGGCUGCAGAAACAUGGGGU